UGACUUCACCACAGUCCACGAUUUCUACUUCCAAAUCGAAAUCAAAAUCGAAAUCCCAUAUUUUUUUUCAUACUAUAUAUCUCAGCCCAUAAUUAAUUGCAGCACCGAAAUAGCCCAACUAUUUUCUCUUUUUUGCCUUCAUCGAAUUUCACUACACAUUUCUCUUAUAAUUUUCUGUCGAAAUUCGAACAUGGCUACUGUUAAGUAUGCUGCUUUUGUUGCUAUUACACUCGCCCUCGGAUCUGCCUACGUUUCCGCCAACUUCACCAUCCCAUCUCUCUUCCCAUCUUUCGGCGAUGAAGCGUGCAAAACAGACGUUUGCGGAAAGGGAAGCUGCGUGCCUUCGAGCAGUAGCAUUUUUGGAUUCGAGUGUCAAUGCCAGCAAGGAUGGAGACAAACUCGCUCCGAUGAUGAUCAGUUCUUCAAAUUCCUGCCUUGCAUCGUUCCCAACUGUACUGUCAGUUUCAACUGUGAUAAAUCUACUGCUCCUGCACCUGCACCAAAUCCCAAGAACUCAAACUACUCAGUUUUUGAUCCCUGCUCGUGGAGCGACUGUGGAGGGGGCUCGUGCAACAAGACCUCCGUCUUCACGCACUCGUGUUUCUGUGAGGAGGGCUAUUACAAUUUGUUCAAUUCCACUUCUUUCCCAUGCUACAAACAAUGUGCUAUCGGAGGGGACUGCCCGAAACUGGGAAUCAGCAUGAUGAACUCAUCGAACCCGAGCUCCCCACGAAGUGUCGUUGGUGACAGUGAAAGCCAUGCAUCAAGAUUGAUCACAAGAGCUGAGUUGAGUUGGUUGAUGACCAUGGUUGCAACUUUAGCUCCAUUUGUGUGGAAUUGCAGUUGAAAGAGGCAGCCAUCUUGUGCAAGAUUUGCAGUUUGCUUCAUGAUUCAUUAUCAUAGUCUAUUUAUUGUAUAAUUAGUGUCUAUUUAUUGUGUGUUUAUCAUAGACAAUUUAUUGUUUGAUUACAGUUUUGUGUAGAUAGUGAUUCUCCUCUUCUUCAUCUUUCCA